AUGGAAUAAAUGGCUGAGAUUAAUUUUACCCAGGUGACCGAGUUCAUUCUCUUGGGCAUCACUGACAAGCAGGAGCUGAAGAUUCCUCUCUUCGUACUGUUCUUAUCUACCUAUAUGUUCACAGUGGUGGGCAAUUUGGGUCUCAUCACAAUCAUCAGAAUAGACUCACGACUAAAAACUCCAAUGUAUUUCUUCCUAAGUCACCUGGCAUUUGUAGAUUUCUGUUAUUCUUCUUCAAUCACACCUAAGAUGUUGGGGAAUUUCUUAUACGAGAAAAAUAUAAUCUCUUUCUAUGCAUGUGCUAUUCAACUAGGCUGCUUUAUUAAUUUCACAAAUGCAGAAUGCUUGUUGCUAGCUUCCAUGGCCUAUGAUCGCUAUGUGGCCAUUUGCAACCCUUUACUUUAUAUGGUUUUGAUGUCUCCUAAAAUCUGUAGUCAGCUUGUAGUCAUACCCCACAUCUGCAGUUUGAUGGUGGCAAUCUACCAUGCUAUCCUGACAUUCCGCCUCUCCUAUUGUGGUUCUAACGUUAUCAAUCAUUUCUACUGUGAUGACAUGCCUCUUUUGAGGUUGUCCUGCUCUGACAUCCAUUUCAAAGAAAUGUGGACUUUUAUCUGCGCUGGAAUCGUUGGUAUUGCUUCCCUUUUAAUUGUCUCUGUCUCCUACAUGUUUAUUAUCUCUGCAAUUCUAAAGAUGAAGUCAGCUGAAGGCAGGUAUAAAGCUUUCUCUACCUGUGGCUCACACAUGAUGGCUGUCACCAUUUUUUACGGGACCUUAAUAUUUAUGUACUUACAGCCAAGCUCAAACCAUUCCCUUGAUACAGAUAAGAUGGUCUCAGUCUUUUAUUCAGUGAUCAUUCCCAUGUUAAAUCCCCUGAUCUACAGUUUGAGGAAUAAGGAGGUAAAGGAUGCUCUUAAGAAGGUUUUAAGGAAUAGUAAUUAA